AUGGAUGUAAAUGGUGUUGUUACUGACAAAGAUCUGUAUGCUCGUAAAAUUGCAAAUCACCAUCAGAGGCUUGGCCCUAAAUUAUCUUCUCAUUUUAUAUCGAAUAAACAUCAGGCUAUACUGAAUAUAAUAGCAACAACAACAACAACAACAAUCAUUCCUACACCAAAUUCUGUAAAAUUGGUUUCAUUAGAAGACAACGAAUCAAAUAUAAAACUUGAUAAAUUCGCAGAUAUCAUCCCAUUUAUUUACCUUCAUUGGCUUCUUGUACUAAUUGCAAUUUUAAUAGCAGUUGUAUUACUAAUUAUUUUCAUAUGUUACUGUCGUAGAUUUAUCACAAUUUAUAGAACUCGCAGGGAACCAUUAUCAAACUUCUAUCAAUAUCGAACAACAAAGCGGCGUAUACAUCCUCAUAGUAUACAUCAACCAAAAGCAUUACAAUUUCAAUAUUUAACUACACCACCAUGUCCAUCAAAAUCAUUGGAGUGUCUCAAUUAUCAAUUUCAUCAGCAAGAUCUCAAUAAUAGUGAUUCUCCACAGGUUGUGCGUCUUGGCACAUAUCGUAACGAAUCUCUAAGUACGUUUACCAGUUCGACAUCAUAUUUACCUUCCACGUUAUCAAGUCGUUUAAGUACUCGUUCAUUUGAUCCAACAUUAAAAGUAUAUGAAUCACAACGUGCAAGCAUGACAAUAGAUGACGAACCCAACGAAAAUUCAUUGAUUAUUGAAAUCAACUAG